AUGGAUCCUGAAAAUUUGGAAGAACUUUUGGAAGCUGCUUUUGAUGAGGAAUCUAGCGAGAUUACUCUCCCUAGCGACGCUCCCUUGCCUUCUAAGCUCAUAUGGAUUGUGGCUGAUGGCUCUUAUGUAACUAAGGACCAAAUCAUCGCAAUUUUGAAUCCUAUUGCAGGAAAUGCCUCUGAAAAUACCAGGGACUUGUCUGAUUAUCAAUUAUUGAGCCAGGAUACUAGGUAUGAAAACAUUCAGAACAUGGGCGACAUUGCUCAGAAGAACUUGAUCCUAAAGAGCACAAUAAGCGGCAGAUUAAUCAGGAUAGUGGAAAACUUAACUGAGUUGAACAAUUUGGAUCACAUUCUCGGAAGGAUUAAGCCGACCAGCUGCAGUCACGAGGUGGUCGUGCACGGGAUGUGUGCCAACUGUUCAGUCCACAUUGACACCAGUCUUAAGAGGAAACACGAGGACCUCAACUGCCACGCGGAGACGAGCGCCGUUCCAGGGUUUAUAACGUCCCACGCGGGCGUUGAAAUUGACUCUGACCUAGCGUAUGAGAUGGAGUGCAGUGAGAUUACCAAGUACCUGGAGGACCGCAAGCUGUGCUUGGUCCUCGACCUCGACAACACGCUCGUCCACGCGACGUCGCAGAGCCCGCCCGCAGACAUCGACGUCGAGACGAUUGAGAUUUCGAGCUCCAGCGUGCUCAAGACGAUCGUAUACAACGAAACCGAGACCAGCUACUGCAACUCCUUCUUUAAACUCAGGCCGGGCAUAUUUAAGUUCUUUAGAAGCGUGUCGAAGCGCUACAAGCUGUUCCUCUUCACCAUGGGAACGAGGCAGCACGCCCAGAGCGCCCUCCGCAUCCUGGACCCCCAGGGCGUGUACUUUGGCAAUAGAGUUUUCUGCAGGAACGACUCCCGGAGCUGCAUGAAGUCGCUCGACAGACUGUUCCCGAACCACAAGAACCUCGUGCUCGUCAUGGACGACUCGGAGUACGUCUGGACGAGCAAGCUGGCGCUCAUCAAGGUGCACCCGUACUACUACUUCUCCGACCUGACGUACCUGAACAACUACGACCUGAACAACUUGACGAAGUCCUCCGCAGCCCUGCAGUCGAUUUGCAACUACUCCAACUUCGUCUGGUCGAAGAUCGUUCGCAACUCCACCGGCGCUAAGUACAGCUCCCCUGAGAAGAAGGCCCCGGAGUCAGGCCAGCCCCUCGCCAGGGACGACGACGGCUUCGCGGUGCCCGCCGCCAUAAAGAUAUCGCACUUCCGCUACAACGGGUACCUGAUUUGUAAUGAGCGCCCCUCUGACAUUUAUGUUAAGCCUGCUGUUGCCCCGAAAGGCGGCGAAAAAACCCAGUUGUUCAAAAAGAUUCGCGUAAAGGACAACGACAAGCAGUUGGAUAAGCUCAUCACUCUCCUGGAUGAGAUUUACACCAGAUUCUACGCUCAGUACGACCAAGCCGUCUCUGACCUCAUUAACUCCAGAAAUUCUGAGUUCAUUCAGGCUUUAAACGGGCCCCUAACUCCUGUGGACGUGAAGUUUUUGGUCUACAACGACCUUCUUCCCAGCGCCAGCUUAAUUUUGAACGAGUUGAGGGAGGCGAUUCUCAAGGACGUGACUUUGUAUUCGAACUCUCCUGAGUUCAUUCUCCCUAACCCGAAUGCCCGCGAUUCCUCCUCUUCUGGUGGCCUUAGGGAGGACUCCGAACUGAAUUUUCUCCUCUGCUCCGACUUCGGCAAGUGGGCUCGGAAGUUCGGCGCCCGGAUCGGCAAGCUCACUGACCGCGUGACUCACCUCGUUGUGAACAACAGGAACUGCGUUAGACUGCCCGACGAAAAGGUGAAGAAGGUCCACAUCAAGUGGCUUGAGGCUGUGUUUUACUGUCACGAGCGCGUCGACGAGCAUAAGUUUAACCCUGACAACUGGACCACUCCCUUCCGGUCCUUUUGGGACGUUUUAAGCUCCUGA